GAUCCUAGUGGUGUCACUCGUACCCCAGUGUUUGAUAUAUAGUAGAGUGUAGAAAAAACUCAACCAAAUCGGACAAUUCCUUCUGGUGGUAGGCGUUGUCUACCCCUUUACUGUUUUCUCCCGCGAGUAACAAAAAGAAAACUGACCAAUGAGUUGAACGGCUAGUAAGCUGAUAAAUGGUGAAAUAAUACACUCAGUCAAUCAGCCACCAUUAGAGAAGUAUAUAGUAUACUGUGAGUGUGUGUUACUCCAUCACUCGUGACUCGUACUGUGUCGGGAAAGGUCAAUUUAGUUGGGUGAUCCCACAGUAGUCAUGUGGCUCCUAUUUCUCAGUUUUGUUUUACUGCGUGGGCUACCUCAAGUGUGAGAAGUUUUGGAAUAAGGAAGUUCAUGGAGUGAACAAGUCAUCAUGAAGGCCAGUACAACAGACUCUGUCAACAAAGUUAAAGUCAAGAUGAAACCAGGGAAUGUGUUAAGUUAUGUCAGUUUAAUCAUCAUUAAUGGUUUGGAAAAUGCCUUCUACACUUUUGGCACUGCAAUCGCUCAGCACCCAGCUGUUUUUAUUUGUGUAUGUUUGAUAGUAACAGCCUUCUCCUCUGUAGGCUUGAUUAAUUUUACACUGGAAGAACGACCAUUUAAACUCUGGAUUCCCCAGGAUUCCGACUUUAUCAAAGUUAUGGAGUGGCAAAAGGAAAAUUAUCCAGCAGAGUUUCGAAUGCACAUUGCUAUUUAUGAGGCAGAGAAUGUGUUGGAUAAAAGUGUAUUGUUAGAGAUGCUUAGGGUACAUGAUGCUGUUGCCGGUGCCACAACAACUGAUGCAACAUGGGACUCAGUUUGUGCCAAAAUGCCAGUUAUACAGACCUCAUUCUUUGGAAAUUUCCUUGGUCGUAGAAAGCGGAGCAUUGGCCAAGAAAUAGUAUCUGGACAGAAUAUUCACCCCCAUGCUUCUCUGAGAAUAAAGCGAGAGGAGGAAGAAGACAGUGGGUUAGAUUGGAGUACUAUUCUUGGUAGAGAAUCUUACUGUAGCUUUGUGGAGAACAUGAAGCAAGAAUGCAUAGAGAACAGCAUCCUUGAAAUUUGGGGGUAUGAUCACAAUAAAAUCAGUGACCUUACACCUGCUCAGAUUAUUGAUGACAUAAACAGUGUUAAAACAAGUGCUGUGUUUGGAUUUCCAACAAACUUUACUAAGUUUCUGGGAAAAACAGAGCACGAUAGUGAUGGCCGAGUGAUAAAAGCUGGAGCAUCGAGGCACUUGUGGAUCACACACAUCAACCAAACAGCAAUUGUUGCUGGUGACUUCAUGGAUGAUGGGGGAACUGGUAUGGAAGUAGAUACUGUUAGCUUUCAGUGGGAAAAAGAACUCAUAAAAGCUGUGUUGAAUGAAAGCGAGAGACCAGAUAAUGUAUCUCUAUAUCUCAUGGCAGCAUCGAGCUUUGGUAUGAUUAGUGAAGAGACAAUAACAGGAGAUGCACAGUAUUUGGCCGUUGGUUUUGGUGUAGUGUUCAUAUAUGUCCAGAUCAUGUUAGGAAAGUUUAAUAUGGUAGAACAGCGACCUUUAUUAUCAUUAAUGGGAUUAGUUUGUGUUGUGAUGUCAAUUUUUGUCUCGUACGGGAUAUGUUCCAUGUUUAAUGUGCCAUUUGGACCAGUCAAUAAUGUUCUACCGUUUCUUCUCCUUGGUCUUGGUAUUGAUGAUAUGUUUGUGAUAAUGCAAGCCUGGAAUAACCUCAGUCAGCAGGAGAAAAAACAGAAGCUCACAGAUCGAAUUGGAUUUACUCUCAAGCACGCUGGUGUCUCCAUUACAGUGACAUCCUUGACGGACUUUGCUGCCUUUGCCAUAGGUAGUGGGACGGUUCUACCAGCGCUAAGAUCCUUUUGCCUAUAUGCUGCUGUAGGUAUUGCUGCAGUUUAUGUGUUUCAAGCCACUUUCUUUGUGGCAUGGUUUGUACUAGAUCAACGAAGGUUGGAAGAUCAUCGGCAUGGGCUCCUAUGGUGCUGGAAACUAAAGAAUUGGACUCCCAACCAAUGUAGUCAAAAAGAUCUGUGCCAGACCUUCUUUAAUGGUGUAUAUGCUAAAUACCUUUUUAAAUUACCUGUGAAGAUAGUCGUACUAUUUUUGACAGCUGUUCUCUUUGCAGUGUCUGGAUGGGGUCUUUCAAAUCUCCGGCAAGAGUUCAACCCCAUCUGGUUUCUUCCACAGAGUUCUUAUCUCUUCAAAUUCUUUAUGAAGCAAGAGUUUUAUUAUCCAGCUUCAGGUGAAAUGGGCAUGAUUUAUUUUGGCAAAAUGAAUUACUUUGAUGAGCUACCAAAGAUUGAGGAGCUAAUGACACUAAUGAAGGAAAGUGAAUAUAUCAGUGAAGUUGACAGCUGGUACUUGAACUACAAGAAGUAUUGGGAAAAGCAAGGCUAUUUCGUGCCAGAACCAGAUGAAACUGAAGAGAUGUUUCUUGACCAACUGGGAAUAUUUCUUUAUUCUCCGAGUGGGUCAAAAUUCCGUGUUAGGAAUUUCCAUUUCAACGGCACUUUAAACUGCACAGAACCCUCUCCCCCAAUCCUGGCAACAAGUAUAGAAUAUAAACAUCGCCUGCUUUCAGGGUCACGGGAGCAAAUUAGAGCAAUGAAUGAUCUCAAGUCUAUAGUACAAAGCUUGAAUUUCAGUGGCUAUGUACAGCCAUUUGCAAGAAUAUACAGUGGAUGGGAAACAGACAAAAUUAUUGAGAGGGAACUGUAUCAGAAUAUGGGACUGGCCAUGAUGGUAGUAUUUAUUGUGACUCUUAUUCUGAUUGCCAAUUUAAAAACGAGUUUGAUGGUGUUGCUGUGUGUGGUGUUGACUCUUGUGGAUGUGGGGGCUCUCAUGCACUGGUGGGGCCUCACCUUAGACACUGUUUCAUGCAUUGACAUUGUCCUCGCCAUUGGUCUUUGUGUAGACUAUGCUGCUCACGUCGGCCAUACAUUUAUGACCAAGAGAGGUAUGAGGGAUGACCGUGCAAGAGUCACUGUAGCCACCAUCGGUCCAGCGGUACUUAACGGCGGCUUCAGCACCUUCCUCGCCUUCAUCUUCUUGGCCAACUCUGACUCACAUGUCUUUACUACUUUCUUUAAGAUUUUCUUUGCUGUGGUACUGUACGGGCUAUUCCAUGGACUAGUUUUUCUUCCUGUUUUGCUGUCACUAAUUGGACCAGCAGCAUACCCAAGUGCUCACAGUGAAACUGAACUAGAGGUGACUGAGGAAAUGUGUCCAGAGAAUCGGCAGCGAUGUCAGCUGGAGAGAAAUGAAGAUGUUGUGCAUGAAUCUCAGGAAAAUAUCUCUAAACCCAUGAAUAAUGGGUCACUUGAUGAUAAAAGUACAAAUCUUAAUGUUACAAAUGGUAAGCCAGGGAGUAGUGAUGAAUUAGAUACUUUAGAGUUAAGACUUCCAGAACUAAUUGAACCACGUACCCCAGGGGCAAGCACCAUGAUGAAGACCAUCGACACACCGGCCCACUCGGGGGCUACAUCGACGUCUGGCACCAUGCCUGUCAGACCACGUCGCCAGACAAUGUCCAACAUCCUGACCAAGGUGAGCGGCGCCAUCAUCAAGGUGUUGGAACACGCCUUCUACAGCUACGGUAAGACUAUCGAGAGAACACCCUUCCUCUUUAUCCUCUUCUGCCUCGUUAUCACCGCCUUCUGCUGCAUUGGCAUCACCAAGUUCACCCAGGAGACGCGGCCCUACAAAUUGUGGACGCCAGAAAACUCGGAGUUUCUUGAAGUCAAUGACUGGCUGGAAGAAAAAUUUCCCUCCCACCUCAGAAUUCAUUUGGUCAUAUACGAAGCAGAAAAUGUCCUAGAUAAAGACAUUCUUCUAGAGAUGUUAAGAGUUCAUGAGACGGUUGUCGAAACCAAACUUAAUUCAGCAACAUGGAACAAUGUUUGCGAAAAAGUGCCCACAUUGUCCAUUCCUUUAUUUGGUAGACGGAAACGAGACAUCAAGGAAAUAUCCGUGACUGAUUCAGAGAUUAGUGUUGACAAGAAAACCUCUGUGAAGAGCGACAUCAGACAUGUAAGACAAGUUAACGAUAAUGAGGAUGAUGGCGAUGGUUUAGACUGGAGUUUAAUGUUACCCCGGGACCACUACUGUGAGCUCCUGGAGUCACUGGAACAAGUGUGUUUAGAAAACAGCAUCCUAGAAAUAUUUGGGUAUGACCAUGACUUCAUUAGCUCUCUUACUCAACAGCAGAUCAUUAGGGACAUUAACACAGUAGACAUAAGCAUUGUGACCGGCUUCCCAGUAAAUGUUACUGGAUUCUUAGGCAACAUAGAAAGAAAUGCAGACGGACUGAUUGUUAAGGCUGGAGCCGCAAGACAUAUUUGGUUUACGAAGAUAAACCACACAGCCGUUGACAAAGGAGAUUACAAACUCGACAGUGGGCUCGGCUCGCAAGUGGACAGUACCACCUAUGAGUGGGAGCAGCAGUUCAUCGAUAAUAUCCUGAAUUACACAGAUUAUGUAGACAAUAUUACUAUCCAUCUUAUGGCCGCUUCCAGUUUUGGUAAGGUCAGUGGCGAAAGUAUUAGAAACGAUUUGCAAUACCUUAGUCUUGGUUUUGGGGUUGUUUUUUUAUACGUGGUUAUUAUGCUUGGCAAGUUCAACAUGGUGGAACAAAGACCUGUACUCUCUCUUCUUGGUCUUUCUUGUGUGGGGAUGGCUGUAAGUGUGUCCUAUGGAAUUUGUUCAGUUAUGAACAUUCCUUAUGGACCUGUAAACAGCAUUCUACCAUUCCUGUUACUUGGACUUGGCAUCGACGACAUGUUUGUCAUCAUGCAGGCAUGGAACAACUUGUCCCCACAAGAAAAGAAGCUAAAGUUGGAUGAACGUAUCGGUUGUGCCCUAAAACAUGCCGGCGUCUCCAUCACCGUCACCUCCGUCACCGACUUUGUUGCAUUCGCUGUUGGCAGUACAACUGUGUUACCAGCGCUCAGGUCCUUCUGUAUCUACGCUGCUGUUGGUAUUGCAUCAGUUUUCUUCUUCCAAGCCACGUUUUUUGUGGCUUGUCUGUCAGUCGACCAGCGACGGCUGGAGAACAGACGUCACGGACUCUUCUGGUGCUGGAAGCUCAACAACUGGACGCCCAACCAGUGCAGUCAGAAGGACCUGUGCCAGAUUUUCUUCAAUGAAGUGUAUGCCAAGUUUCUCUUUCUGGCGCCAGUAAAGGUACUCAUUCUUGUUGUCACAGUAGUUUUUACCUGUGUAUCUGGCUGGGGACUCUCUAACCUACGACAGGAGUUUGACCCCGUCUGGUUCCUUCCUCAGGAUUCUUACCUCUAUAAUUUUUUUAUAAAACAGAAAUAUUAUUUUCCUUCAUCCGGAGAGCAAGGCUCUGUGUAUUUUGGAAAUACAAGUUUACUUUCAGAAUUGUCAAAACUUGAAGAAUUAACUUUACAGUUAAAGAACACUAAAACUGUAUUGGACGUUGACAGCUGGUACGAUAAAUACAAACACUACUGGAGAAAACAAGGAUAUGCAGUGCCUGACCCACAACAAACCGAGGAAGAGUUUCUGGACCAACUGAGUCAGUUUCUGUAUUCUCCUAGUGGGUCACCUUACCGGGCUAGGAACUUCCGUUUCUCAUCUGAACUCAACUGCACUCAAACGGCCCCUGCAGUGACUGCCUCUAGUAUUGAUUAUAGGCACACUUCCCUGUCGACAUCCUCAGAAGAAAUACAAGCCAUGGAGAGUGUCAGAAAGGUCGUAAGAGACAUGAACUUUACUAGUUACGUUAAAGCUUGGUCAAGAGCCUAUGGAGAAUGGGAAACAAACCAGGUAAUCACAGAAGAAUUGUACCGAAACAUGGGUCUCGCCUUGGGGGUGGUGUUCUUGGUGACACUCCUCCUCAUCGCUAGUUUUGUCACAAGCUUCAUGGUGGUCGUGUGUGUAGUGUUUACGCUGGUGGACGUGGGGGCUCUCAUGCACUGGUGGGGACUCACUAUCGACACAGUCUCUUGCAUAGAUCUGGUUUUGGCCAUCGGGUUGUCUGUUGACUACGCUGCUCAUGUUGGUCACACCUUCAUGACCAAGACUGGCACCAGAGACGAGCGAGCCAGGCAAACUGUGACCACCAUAGGCCCAGCUGUCCUCAACGGCGGCUUCAGCACCUUCCUCUCCUUCAUCUUCUUGUCCGUCUCAGGCUCACACGUCUUCCAAACCUUCUUCAAGGUAUUCUUUGCGGUGUGUGUUUACGGUCUAUAUCAUGGCCUGGUGUUCUUUCCCGUACUACUGUCCCUCCUGGGUCCUGCUCCCUAUUCAACUGUCACACCUGCACCCACUACGCCCACACACAACACGUCUACACGCACGCCCCCUGAUAUGAUUACAUCCUACACUCACCCCAUGGAACAUCACAACGGAGUAUUUGUGGAAAAAAUUCUCCAUACUAAAGAUAACAAGGAUACCAUCAGCAGACAGGAAAUAAGUGUGCACGAGGUGGGUGUGUACAGUGUGGAGGAGGCGGUGGACGACGCCAACAUCACCACCCAACCCUCACUUAACCACCAAGAAAACAGACAUUAAGUCAAUGUACAAGUCGCCAUACCUUUUUGGGCAAUACAAAUUCUCCUCGGUGUGAUUCGUAUCUUAAUAUGUAUACAACGUCUCAUAACAAUAACAUGAGUAUAAUGGUGUAUUUGCAUGUACGUACUGUAUAUUAAUGUUAAGGUGAAGUUACUGAAGGUUAGACUGAUGGCCAUCAAUUUGUCUUCACUUUAUAUUCUGUUAAUUUGUAUUAAUCCCUUGAGCAGAGAUGACAACCUCCUAAGUACACUGUCGUACACAAGGGUCGAAAUAUCUACCGGUGCCAAGGAUUUACAUACUAUGCAGUGCAGAUUAUAAUGAAUGGAUGAGUAAAUGGAAUAUGGAUGUACGGAUCACCUAACCUAAUUUAACGCUAACCUAACCUGGCACUAAUCUAAUACUAACCGAACCAAUUCUAAAGUUAAUCUAACCUGACACCAAUAAUAAUUAUAACCUAAUCCAAUGCUAACCUAACGUUAAUCUAACACUAAUAUACCCCUAACUUAACAUAAUGCUAACCUAGCCAGAUCUAACCCAGAUUAACUUUAGGGUGUCUAAUGUUCAGGUGAAAUAAGCUGGGGUGUCUAAUAUUCAAGUUAUCUGGGUGUACAAAAAUCUUUUUCCUGUGAAACGUGCUGUAAUUCUUAGGCAUAAUUUCGUAUUAUAGUUUUGUAAACUAGGUGUUUUGAUUGUUUUCUGUCCCAUGCUGCAGUUAUUUAGGCAAAUUUAGUGAAAUUUUCGUGACUAUAUUGAUCAUAUUGAUGUAUUAAUUAUGUAAGAAUAUUCUAGAAUAUAUUGUAGUGGGUAUUCUCCCCUACAACUGCUGAUUGGUCACUUGCCGUCCGCUUAUUAUCAACCAACCAGAAGGGAUGUUCUUAGCAGAAACACAAGUACCUGCCCUAGACUCCUCACCAUUGGCUAGGACACAAGACACGAAAAUGUAAGGCAUAAAAUUGCAACACUUGUUAAACAUACAAACACCUAACAUAAAUAUAAUACCUACGACGAAAAUUAGCUGAAACACAAACAUGAGAAAACAAAAGCACUUGGGUUGAACCCCAAGACCUAUCAUCCUACUGUGGGGAACAGGUUGUUUGGUUCACACUCAGGAUGGGAUGGAGAAAGGAAACUCACAAUGUGCUCUCUGUAUACAUGUUGUAUUGGAUGUACAAUGCAGCUUGGUGCU